GCUAUAAGACCGGCCCCGUGGUGUGAGCGCCGCACAGGUUCGCGGAGAAGCAUCCUCAGCAUGGACACCUACCAGAAGCCGGAGGACAAGGACCUGCAGGCCCUCAGAGACGGCGCCAACCGCCUCAGGAUCCACUCCAUCCGCGCAACAUGCGCCUCCAACUCCGGGCAUCCCACGUCCUGCUGCAGCGCCGCCGAAAUCCUGUCUGUUCUCUUCUUCAACACCAUGAAAUACGACGCAGCUGACCCCGGCAAUUGCAACAACGACCGCUUUGUUCUGUCAAAGGGUCAUGCUGCACCCAUCUUGUAUGCAGCCUGGGCAGAAGCUGGUUACAUCAAGGAAUCUGACCUUCUCAACCUGAGGAAGAUUGACUGUGACCUAGAAGGACACCCUACACCGAAACUACCAUUUGUGGAUGUUGCCACUGGCUCGCUAGGACAAGGUCUGGGGGCGUCGUGUGGCAUGGCUUACACCGGCAAAUACUUUGACAAAGCUAGUUACCGUGUGUACUGUCUGCUGGGUGACGGAGAAUCCUCUGAAGGAGCUGUGUGGGAAGCCAUGGCUUUUGCCUCUCAUUACAAGCUAGAUAAUCUGGUGGCCAUUUUUGAUGUUAAUCGUCUUGGGCAGAGCGAGGCGGCCCCCCUUCAGCAUCAGACCGACAUAUACAGGAAGAGAUGUGAAGCUUUCGGGUGGAACACCUACAUUGUAGAUGGCCAUGAUGUGGAGGAGCUGUGCUGUGCCCUCUGGCAGGCUGCCAAUGUCAAGGAUAAACCCACCGCCAUCAUUGCUAAAACCUUCAAAGGAAAAGGCAUUUCUGGUGUCGAAAAUCAAGAUAACUGGCACGGGAAGCCGAUGCCUAAAGACAAGGUGGACACUAUCAUUAACGAGAUCCAGGGUCAGAUCCAGACCAAUAAGCCCCUGACCCCCGCAGCUCCAGUAAGAGACGCCCCAGAGGUUAGCAUUGCUGACAUUAAGAUGCCAACCCCACCAAGCUACAAAGUUGGUGAUAAGAUUGCAACACGUAAAGCAUACGGACAGGCUCUGGCUAAACUUGGCCAUGCCAACAGCAGGGUUAUUGCCCUUGAUGGCGACACUAAAAACUCAACCUUCUCUGAGAUCUUCAAGAACGAACAUCCUGACAGAUUUAUUGAGUGCUUCAUUGCUGAGCAGAACAUGGUCAGUGUGGCUAUGGGCUGUGCUACCCGCAGUCGCACUGUGGCUUUUGCCAGCACAUUUGCAGCUUUCUUCAGCAGGGCUUAUGAUCAGAUUCGCAUGGGGGCCAUUUCUCAAUCCAACGUCAACCUGUGCGGCUCCCACUGUGGAGUUUCUAUUGGUGAGGAUGGUCCCUCUCAGAUGGCUUUGGAAGAUCUUGCCAUGUUCCGCGCCGUUCCCUCUUGUACAAUCUUCUACCCCAGUGAUGGCGUUUCCACAGAACAUGCGGUCACAUUAGCGGCUAAUACCCCGGGCAUCUGCUUCAUCCGUACCAGCCGACCAGACACUGCAAUAAUCUAUUCUCCAGAGGAAAAGUUUGAAAUUGGUCAAGCAAAGGUCGUACGUCAAAGUGAUACAGACAGGGUCACGGUUAUUGGCGCAGGGGUCACCCUACAUGAGGCUCUGGCAGCAGCAGACGAGCUCGCCAAACAAGACAUUAACAUCCGUGUGAUCGAUCCAUUUACCAUUAAACCUCUGGAUGCAGCGACCAUUAUAUCAAGUGGUAGAGCUACUGGCGGACAUGUCAUCACCGUGGAGGACCACUACAAAGAAGGUGGUAUAGGGGAUGCUGUGGCUGCAGCUGUUGCAGGAGAACCCGGAUUCGUAGUUCAGAGCCUUGCCGUCAAGGGUGUACCCCGUAGCGGGAAACCUACAGAGCUGUUGGAAGUGUUCGGCAUCAGCGCUAAAUGCAUCGUGGAAGCUGUAAAAUCUACACUUGCAAAUUAGAGACCAAACGGUCUGCCUCCUGUGUAGAGCGCUAAUACUAGCAUGUGUAACUGCUCCUCAUGUCUGCUACCUCAGCGGAAAUGGUUAAACGUUCUGACAUUUCCAUGUUGUGACACUUAAGCUGGUUUCUAGAGCUCCUUUCAAUGAUUCCAUUUUUCUUAUCUUCAUGUCUGAUUUUCCGCCAUCAUGCACUUAAUAAAGAGAAGACUGAUCU